UUACAUUCCUGCGAGAUUGCCAGGCCGCAUGGGGUCAGGUGUUGGCUGGGUGGACUUCGUUCAAUGGCAGACCUAUUACCUGCCAGGCUGCUACAGGCAUCGACUGCGAUACGAGCGGGAUGAUCAACCAGAUAAAAAUUCAAGGUGGCAUCAGAGGAGGGCGCCUUCCGAGCUCCAUCUCCAACCUCCGCGAACUCACUGUCCUAUACCUUCGUUACAGUAGGCUCACUGGCUCAGUUCCUUCCGAAGUUUAUGGACUCACAAAAUUGAGGAUCAUAGAUCUUUCAGUGAAUUAUUUUAGUGGAUCAAUCUCCACGGCGGUCAGCAAUCUUAGAAACCUGGUUACCUUAAAUCUCCUGCAGAAUCGUCUGUAUGGCUCCAUCCCAAUUGGCAUCAGCAGAAUUUCCAACCUGCAAUACCUGGAUCUCACCAAAAAUAAUUUCCGCUUCUCGAUCCCAGAUGUAUUGAGCAAUCUUCAAGCACUCACAUCCUUAUCUCUCGCAGACAAUAAGCUGUUUGGCUCCAUUCCCGAUGGAAUCAGUAAUUUUUCAAGACUGCGAAGCCUAUCCCUUUAUAACAGUCAACUCAAUGGCUCAAUUCCUGCUGCAAUCAGUGAACUUAGAACUCUCACAAUGCUAUUCCUCUCGGGCAAUCAGCUGACGGGCUCAAUCCCGGACGAACUCUACGAGCUUACGAACCUGCAAAGGCUGUAUCUCAAUGAGAAUAAGCUCAAUGGCACAGUUUCGCCUGCAAUCGGCAAUCUUGUGAAUCUAGUGGCGCUCUUCUUGCAGCAAAACGAGCUAGAAGGCAGCCUGCCAGAAACAAUGUCUGCACUUGUGUCUCUCGCUAAUCUACAGCUGGCGAAAAAUCGUCUUAGCGGAACGAUUCCUUCUAAAAUUGGCAAGCUGGCUGCAUUGAGUUAUCUGUCACUUGCCUACAACCAGAUCAUUGGAAGCUUACCUGCCAGCCUCAGCAAACUGACAGACAUGCAGACCCUCGAUCUCUCUCACAACUACCUCACAGGCCCCCUGGUGAAACUCCCGCCACUCCUUCCAGCGGACCUGUCCGACAACUACCUGUCGGGUGUUGUGUCCGCACCAAACUGCCAGCGACACAUCAUCGCUGCCAACUGCUUUGCACCAAGCAAAGCCUGCAGUCCUGAGUUGCAGCGACCCGCAGCACAGUGCAUGGCAUUCUGUGGCAUCUCUCCAACCACUGCUGCCUGUGGUGGUCGUGGCGUGUGCUACCCAGACGGGCCCAGCUUGGUGCCAACGUGCUCGUGUGGUGCAGGAUCAGUGCGGUACGGACGAGGCGACUGUGUUCUGCCACCAGGGCCCACGGUGAACAUCCUCCCGCCAUUCGCGUUUCUCACCAAGGGCACGAAGAAGGAGACAAUGGGGAAGUUCAUGGCGAAGCCAAUGACCCUGUUUCAUUACCAGCGUGGUGUUACCUCGGGAUGUGGCUUGGGGUUGGCGUUCAGAGUCAACUUCACCUUCUCUCUCAUGCCCCAGUUUGGUACUGCUGGGUCCAAUGGCUUUGCACUUGUCAUAGCAGCAAAGCCCAAGGUGGGGAAGCCUGCUGGUGUGGGGUACAGUGGAUUGGGACUUCGGAGCAUAGCCGUUGUCUUUGACACGCUUCCGAAUGAUGUGGGCGAGCAGCACGUGGGGCUGUGCAUCAACGGCACAGAGGAGUGUUUGGUCAAGGAGGUGUCUCCAUUCACACUGACCGAUGGCGACUCAUACAAGGUGUGGGUGGACUAUGAGCCUGGGGAUCCCGGCACCAUUCAAGUGUUCCUGGCCAGUUCGAAUACAAAGCCAGACGAGCCACUGCUGCUGGGGAGGGUGUCGCUGUGUGCGGUCCUGCAGCCGGGAGUGAAGCAGCCGGCAUUCUCGUUUGGGUUCGUUGCGUCCACCACUGUGAAGCCCUUCCAGCGGCUAGGCAUUCUCUCCUCCACCGUGCAAACAGGCAUUCCUAAGGUCAAGGCCGUCCUGUUCAAAGAUCAAGCCCUUGGCCUCUCGCUAUCGGAGGACACAUUUGCACCGUCUCGAGGCAGCCCCUUUUCGCGCUACGUGAGUUCGGAUUUCGAGCUCUCGGCCACCAAGAAGGACGCGUGGAGGCUUCGUGACUUCCACACGUGGGACUCUGUGGAUUUCCUUGGCUGGCCUGUCAAGAACCAGCGAGACUGCAAUGCGUGCUGGGCAUAUGCGGUGGUGGCGAGUGUGGAGGCGGCAUACGGCAUUGCAAAGCAGCAGAGCGCCCCUCAACUGUCAGUGGAGGCGCUCUUCGCCCUCAUGGGGCUCUCCGACUCCGACAAGUGCUCCGCUGGCGGCUCCCCCACGCAGGCCCUUGAGAAGCUUGUGGCUCUCGAUGCCUCCAGUGGGCUCACAGGGGACAGUGACCCGGCAACAACGUACCCGGUGCAGUCGUUCGAGCGAGCGCGGUUCAAGGGGUAUGUGGGGCUCAUGAUGGCAGUGCAGAACCAGCCAGUGGUGGUUCACAUCCAGGCGUCUGCUGCCACGUUCGUGAUGUAUGAUGGGACAUACAAAUACCAGGAUCCUGAUUGCUAUACAGGAAGUCUCAACCAUGUUGUACUCGUUAUUGGGUACUUCAUUACGAGAAAUGACGGCAGCCAGAACCGCAUUGCUCCUCCGUUUUGGAUUAUUCGCAACUCGUGGGGAGAGGAGUGGGGCGACAAGGGUCACAUACGCAUGGACAUUCAGGGAGGGGAUGGCGUGUGUGGCAUCAACGUGCUGCCUGGCAUCUACCCCGUUGUCAAGAUUCCAGGGGACCCCUGUGGUCAAAGCAGCUACCAGGGAGAUCGGCCGCAGCCCGUUAUGAAUCCGUGUGGCCGAUUCAAAUGUGGCGUGACAGCAGAGAGCACGAAUAACUGCACCUGCAACAUUCCCACCGCUACUGUGCAGCCUUUUGUACAGGUGGUGAAUGGAGAUGGCUUCACCACAUGUGCUUAUGUGGACGUGUGUGGGUCAUACUUCAAGAACCCCUGCUACGUGGGAGCAUGCAUCAACGAUGGCAAGGGCUCCUACUCCUGCAUCUGCCCUCCCAAUCACGUAGAAAGCAUAACCAUUUACGGCUUCCCAACCUGCGAUCCAGUUAAUACCACAGCCACCACAAUGACAGUCACUGGAGACAACUGGUUGUGUUCGGAUGUUCAUCCACUUGUUGACCUCUCACUCACUGACUUCACUGACCAAAACGCGGGCAUCGACUGCAGCCAGCCAUUGCUCAAGGGCAGUGUCCUUCAGCUGGCUAAUACUCCCGACACACCCUGCACUGCCUUCUUCUACACCCUUAAUGGGGACACCUGUGCAUCCAUGAGCAGGCAGCUCAACUUCACUGAAGCUGAUCUCGCUGAUCUCAACCCCGGACUUGACUGCUCCAAGCCCAUCAAGGCGGGCCGCUCUGUGUGCCUCGAGCGCAGUGAUGCCUUCGCCUUCACCGUCCCUGAGUGUGUGAGAUACGGCACGCUCACUCCGCAAGACACGUGCGAGAAGCUGCUUAAGAGGACCAGCACGAGUGUCCCCCCUUCGGGUGGCACUACACAAGGGGGUGCCAGUGAGAACCCAUGGGCUGCGCUGUACCGCAACAAUCCCGGCCUCACUUGCUCCAACACCAUCCCUUCCUCUGCCUACGCGACAGGCAGCAGGAUUGGCGUACAGUUAGGUUUGUGCAACAAGGGGAGGGCCAAGCGAGUUGCACCAACGUUGACAUGUUCAGGUGCUUACCGCUUUUAUGGUGGAGGAGCUGCUGCUAGUGCGGCGUUUGCAGACUACAACGGUAACGCUUGUGCUGGAACAGUAGGAGGAAAGGUUAUUUGUGUGCCGUGA